UGCAGAAAUUACAGAUGAUCAAUUUGAUUUCCACACUUAUUGCAUGAGGAAAAUGACAUUGAGGUCUUAUGUGGAUUUACUAAAGCUAGAAGAUGUGCUCCGGUGUCAUCCAUUUUAUUUUAAAGCUGCAAAGGUGGCUAUUGAGAUCUACCUGAAACUUCACGACCAUCCUCUAACUGAUGAGAACAAAGAAUUGGAAGCAGAUACAGCAAAUCUUUCAGAUAAAGAGCUGAAGAAGUUACGAAAUAAACAGCGUCGGGCACAGAAGAAGGCACAGUUAGAGGAAGAGAAGAGAAAUGCUGAAAAAGAGAAGCAACUAAAAAAUCAAAGGAAGAAAAAGGAAGAGGAUGAGGAAGAGAUUGGUGCACAAAAAGAGGAGCUUGUACCUGAGAAAUUAGCAAAGGUGGACAGUCCACUUGAAGAAGCCAUUAAAUUUCUGACGCCCUUGAAAACCUUGGUAAAGAACAAAAUUGAAACCCACCUUUUUGCUUUUGAAAUCUACUAUAGAAAAGAGAAAUUCCUUCUGAUGUUGCAGUCAGUCAAAAGAGCUUUUGCCAUUGAUCCUGACAACCCUUGGCUCCAUGAGUGUUUGUUCAGGUUCUUCAAAGCUGUAUCGGAGAGUAAAAAUGUGCCUGAUGCUGUUCAAACAGUGCUGACGCAGCAAAUGAGCAGGUUGUUUGGAGACACAAAUCCAAAGAGUUUUAAUGAGGCUUUCCUAAGCAAGCACUUGAACUCAAUUCCACACAGGUUAGCUGCUGCCAAAAUGAUGUACUACAAUGAUCCUUCCAGUCAAAAAAGGGCAGUGGAAUUAGCUACAGGACUUGAUGAAUUUCUAGACAAGAGAAGCAUCCAGAUAUGUGUGAAGGUGUUGGAAGCUGUACGGGAUGGUAGUCUGGGAGUCUGUAAAGAAACAGCUGAAACCUACAGAGCACAGUGUCACAAGAUUUUUCCCUAUGCUCUUGCAUUCAUGCCUCCUGGAUAUGAAGAUGAUUCAAAGAUCACAGUGAAUGGAGAUAGUGCUACCGAACCUGAAGAACUGGCCAAUGAGAUCUGAAUGAAGAUGGUGCCUGAAGUGAACACAUUUUUGUUGCACACCUCUGAUGUCAGUUCCCCACUCUUAACCACAGGAUCUGUAAAUAUGUGUCAGGGUUUCAUAAAUGCUUACAGAACAUAGACUUUCAGAAUUGAAGGUCUUUUUUUUUUAUCCUGCUGACUUCAAAAAUAUUAUCUGAAAUUUUGGAGGCAACUUCUGUACCACGUGUUUGUGAACCCCCUGUGAGUGAGAGGUUGACAUCAUUUGAAUGCACUCAACACCCUUCUUGCAAUUGGCUUUCCGGGUUUUUAAUGUAAUUUCUAAAGAAUAUUGAGAGCUAUUUAAAAAGUUGGGUGUGACACAAAAAUGUUGUUUAAUCAUUGCUGUCUUGAGAUUGUGAUGGUCAGCAGUAUGCUGCCCUAGCACUGGAUCCUCUAAGCACAAACUUUGUCAGGGCGGCAGUGUCUGACAGAAAAUGAAUGGAAACUACAUGCAGACCACAGGAAAAAAACCUUAUGUAUAUUGUGAUGUACAGAUUAAUGUACCCAGUUUAAAAAAAGUGUUAAAGAGGGAUAGAGGUAUUUGGAACUGAAGACAGAGGAGAAAGAGGGAGAGGAAAAAAAUUAGGGCAUGUAUUGACCAUCAUUUCUAAAUUCUUUGGAAUUUUCUAACAAACACAUAAGUACAUCUGGAAAUCACCAGCUGCAUUACGGAACAGUUCUGAGUCUGUGUUUCUAUAUUGCUGCUUAUUGACGACCUAAAGUAAUACAUUUAGGUAGUCAGCGAACAGUUAUUACUUUAUUUUUAAAUCCUGAAAGUUUGAUGAAGUAGGAAGUGUUUUGAUAGAUUAACUUGGUUCAGGUUCUAAUUUCAAAGAUUGGACCUGGACUCAGGACUGGUUUGUUAAUGCAGAUACAGGUUCUCAUCAGUAACUACCUGACAAAGAUUAUGUAGAAAAUUAUACAUUGAUCAUUUGAAUACUGGUUUUUCCCUCCAUGCAAUGUCAAUUAUAGUACUUGAAGCCCAACAUUUCUAAAGAUACUUAUUGCUCUGCAGUUUUACGCAUGCCCCAAACUUUGUAUGUUUUUAAAAGGGGCCCAGAAUUUUUGGAAAAAAAAGGAUUUGCUUCUUUAUUUCUGCAGUUACAAUUAAUUCCCAUCGUUCUGAAAUGCAAAAGGUACCAAAUAUACAAUGCAAUAAACAGUUUUUUUUUGAAAAUUGUUCCAACUGGGGUAUUUAUUAACAUGGUUUUUAUUUUGGAGAUAUCCGUUUCCAGGAGGUUUAUUUAAAAAUUAUGUGCCCCAGCAUUUUGAUUCUAAACCACUGUGUUACUUAUGAAGAAAGUGUGAUUUGAUCCCUGUUUAUUUGAUUUUAAUUGUAUACAACUUGUUUGUAUUUCGUCUGUCCUAAUCCCAGCUGGUAUCUAAGAAGCGUACAAUUCAGAGAAGUUGAAUCCAAGGUUGUGAAUUCUUAUGUUACUGACUUGACAUUUUGGCUACACGAACCAAGUAAAAAGACUGCACAAUGUUCCAUUUGAAUGUUGCAGCACUUCUGUGUGUUUUUUCCUCACCACUUUUGAAACAGUUCAGGUUGGAGGCUGAAAGUACUGUCUACAUCCAUCCAAAUAAUGCAGCUGUGGGUCUGUUGAUAGUGUUUCCUAGGUUGGUAUGAAUGAUGGACUGUCUCACUGGUUCACAAGCUAGGAUUAUCAGUGGGUCUACUUCAAUACAAUUGCUUUGACCCUGAACUCUUGUUAGGAUUUGAUUUUGAUCACAGGUUUUUUGUGUUCAUGUCUUAAACCAUUUCAGCACUGAGCCUUGUGUAGGGUUUUAUUUUUCAUUGUCUGAGAUCCAUCCAGCACACAGAAUACCGACACAGAAUAUGAAAUGUAAAAUUUUACAUUUGUUUUAUGUGGUUAGUUCCAUUUUAACCACAAUGGUUGUAUUCAGCAUCUAAUAAACUGGUAGUGUUUGUGUCA